AUGUCCCACUCCUCCUCCCACUACGAGUAUAACACCUUUUCGGCCACCCAUUCUGAUUCAAUCGACGAUGAAUCCAGCGACCACAAACACAUAGAUCGAGAUGACUCCGGCUACCACACACUACUCUAUCUUUCCAAUACCCGAGCAGAGCCUAUACCCGCUGGACCACGCUAUCAAACAACAUAUUCGCGUGUACCCACACCCUCAUGUAGCCGGCGGACAGUCAACGACGGCGAGGUCCAAUGGCUAUUCCACAACCUCGACAUGCUUAAUCGACAAGGAAAACCACUUCGACGACCUAGAUGUAGCGAUACCGCGUUCGCACUGGCUGCUCUACGCGUAUUUCGAUUCCCGACUGACCAUGCAUUCCCCCUGUUUUGGAGUCUGAACCAUCGAAAAUCGACUGCUCUCCUUGUUCAACGCGUCCUCGAUUCCGGCGAACCACUCAUCCUCCCAAUGAACUGGAAAGGCGUGACUGCAAUCCUGGCAUCACUCUCCAGCCGCGAACAAGAUGAGGAAAGACGACAACUGAAGCGCAAGAUGCUCAGUUCCGGCGUUCUCGACCUUUACCACCACCCCCCCACCAUGGCGCCCAGGAAAUGGCCCCGCGAGACAAUCCUACGCAACCUUGAGCUCAUUGGUACCCUUGACGCUCCACUCCCCCCAACGCUCCCUCCUUCGCCACCGGCGUCGAGGUCGAGCUCACCAGCCCCUUCAACAAAACGCAAAGCACUGCCAAAUCCACCAAAGCCAAACAAGCGGGCCCGCACUGACGCUGAUCGACCUGUCGAAGAUGGCGAGCUAACAGAAGAGGCAAAGCCAGUCUCACUCGUCCCUUCAACGGUCCCAGUAAAACGACCUCGACUUGGAAAGAUUAACACCCGGCAAUGUGAUGCCCUACACGACAAGUAUCAUGCUGCCGGCCGUCUGCUUAAAUACUCCGGCGAUGCCCGCUUCUGGUCAACCUACCCUUCCUCCCACAAGGAAUAUCGCGCACUCUCCAAUCCUCCCCCUCCAAACUCACCAUAUUACAAAUACGGCGGCCUCAUCGCUAGACUCGAGUUGCUUGAUGCCCUGGUCUGCUUCACCUACUCAAUUUGGAAUCGAGAGUAUUGUCGUCGAAGCUGCAAUCGCGAAACUUGGCGGACCAUCGAGGGUUUCCUUGUCUGGUGCAAGCAAAAAUGGGGUCCCGAGGAGGGUACCACUGAUCCUGAGAAGGCAUUCUUCGGUCUAAUCUGGAUGAUUGAAGGCUACAUACAUGCUCGCAAACUCGUCUACGCCACUAAUCAUGGGACUACCCUUGAUCGCGACACCGACAAACUAAUGGCCGCAACUCGAGCAGCCGUCGCCGCCGCCGCUGAAGAGGCAAAUACUAGCUCGCUUGUUCCCAAGUCUGGGGCAACUCCAGUCAUGCUUCCCUCUCCGGCCAGUCUGGCCCCCAGCGCCAACUCGACUCCAACAAACCGUGACGGUACUCCGAGUUCGACUUCAACUACCGCAAACACCGCCUCAUUGACCACUGCCAUGACCCCAUCAACAUUGCCUUCUGUGUUUGUACCUACCAACUACAAACACAAACCACUCGCACCCAAUGUCGUCACUGCGAUGGAGGCGGUCACCGUUCCCAUCGGCCCACGUCUACUCAACGAGUUUAAGACUGAGCAGUUGGGCAUCGCAAAUGCAGCGAUCUGCAUGAAUCAUUCCCAAACGUACCUGACCCUUCCCAUCAUGGCUCGACAUUUCCCAACGACAUUCGCUCGGAUGGUUAUGUCAAGUCUUUCUGUCAAUGAAGAGCACGAGCCAGAUUUCGAAGAUGAAGAGGGCGAGCUUUUCUGGCCAGGUCAAAGCAUGACUGGGGAAGGUUUAGGCUGGGUCUGUCUAAUGGGCAAAGCAAUGAUCAAAGAAUUCGGCAAGGCCUAUUCUUAUCGGGGAUUGGAAGGGGUUGUUCCGAAACCCAGGCCCGAGGAAGAAGCGGGCCAGCAGCAGCAGCAGCAGCAACAACAACAACAAGUGGACCACAACUCGCCCAUGCAACGGUGA